AUGGAGAAUAUAAUCAUAUUUAUUAGGUACAGAAUUCAACAUUUAACAGAAUUGGGCUCACCAUGGAACCAUACCGCCGAGCAAAAUGACACUCUCGGUGUCCGGAUCAGUAGAUUGCUCACGGUCGAAUUGGAUAUGCAAGCACCAGAACAAAGUAACAAACUUCCCGGUAGUCCUAGUGGGUGUGCCUUUAAGGAACCACUCGUUCAGGUUAAGAAAGAACCUGCAAAGGACCAAAGACCAUUUCUUAGGGGAGAAGCAAAAGUUCCUGGAGCAGAAACAACUCAGGAAUCAGAUGAACAAGUACAGGUCAAAAGACAUGACGUCCUAGCUGAUGCCAUAUAUGAUGAUGUCUCCACAGUCCCCAAAGCACAUGAUGCGCUAGAUAAUGAUAACAAGAAAAGGCAAAUGACGGAGAACAAGAGGAAGGAGGCAGCACAUACAAUUGAGAAAUAUGAAGGCAAAGUAGCAGAAGAUAGAGAAAAAUAUGGAAUCCAUAGGUCAACUGAUUUCCACUACGAAAUGUCUUGUUUCGAUGAACGAUUGAGAGAUUCUGAAAUAAAUAAAAAAUUAGAACAAAUGGAAGAGGAACCUCAUAAAUCGGAAUUACUGUCUCUAUACUGGCAAUCAUUCAUAAAUGAAAGAUUUAAAUAUAUUGAUGCUAAAAAACGUUUGUUCAAGAAAUUUUUAGAAUUAAAAAAGAAGCAAACUAAUGAAAUUAUCCCGAAAGAUAGGAAGAAAUGGGGAAAAUGUGGACGAAUAGUUGGUAAUAACUUUAAAAAACAACGCGAGCAUGUGCAUGAAGUAUUUUAUACCAUGGUUGCAAAAGAAAAAUUGAGCAGAGAUGAAUUCAAAAAGAUCCUAAAUGACAUUAGUGAUUCAUGGAAACAAGUCACCACUAAGACAGAAGACGCAUGUAUGGCCAUUAUUGGAGAACCAAUUUCUUUGGAAGUCAUAUACGUCCCAAAUGACCCGCGUAAUAUAGGGUUGAGCGUUCCAGGCUUUACUGUUCCGGGUAUGCCGUAUGGCUCCAGGGUGAAAUCAGAUUCCAAACAUGGAUCCGAAGGCUUAUUUGUAGCUUCAGAAAAGAAGGCACAGGGUGAAAAAAUGACAAAGGAAUCCACAACACCUUGUACUGCAUUGAAGCGUACUCUAAUAAGAUAUAGCCCACAGACCCCCGUCGCAAGUGUCGUCUGUUAUCACUGUAUAAUGCUCCUGUUAAUAUAUAUCGGCAACCUGAGUACAUUGUUUUGUAUCAUAGCGUUGGCUAUAGUUUCGGGAAGCUCGGGAAUGUUAUUCCUAAGCAAACUAAGAAGGUCCUAG